GAAAUGGAUGCGAAUAGUCCAUAAGAAAGGAAAAACGGUUUCAACCAAAUUCUGCGAACUUUUAGGGAACUGUGCAGAGUGCAGAAAUGGAGGAUCAAGACGUUGAUGAAAAUGGUUCAAACAAUUCUGAAGUAGUUGUUAUUGAUAACUACUCUUUAAGCAGUGUAUUGAUUCCAAACAAGUUUGUCCAACAACAUUUACCUCCUAUUGCAUCUGGCAAAUCCAUGAUAUUAGAAUUCGAAGAUUGCGGUGAGAACAACUUCAUGAUGGAAGUUGUACACUCAAAUUAUGGAGAUUACUACUAUAUUAGAACAGGGUGGGAGACAUUUAAGAAUCAACACAAGUUGGAAUCUGGAGAUUUAAUAUAUUUUUCUAAGAAAAAUGAUUCCUAUGUAAUCUACUCUUGUAAAACGGAUCUGCAAGUCUCUAAUGAAUCAAUUGAGAGAGUACAAGUGCUUGUCAAGAAUUUCUGUGCUAAAGAUCCCAAAUGCUUACGAUUAUUGAAGAAAGAGGUGGAAGGGAAUCUUGAUCAACAUCUUAUUAUUCAAGUAGGAGAAGAAGUAAUUCUACCUCUACAUGAUCCAAUUAGGAAGAAGUCAUUUAUAGUGCAACUGUUGCAUGCUGAUCAAGAGGAGUACCAUAUUAGAGGAAUAGGAUGGGAGGAAUAUGUGGCUCAACACAACUUGUUCAUUUUCGAUGAAACUACUAUCUUUGUUAACAAGGUAAUUCUAGAUCCAACUGCAGAGGUUCAGCUUGUCAACAUCUCAUAUCACUAUGAAAUUACUUAUCAGACUACAGCCACUAAUCAACCCCAAAGGAAACUGAAACUAUCAGGCACGACCACAGAGACUAGUUCAGCACCCGCCUCUACUGCUGUGGAUAAUAGUUCAGCCCCUCCUUCUACUACUGUUGAUAAUAGUUCAGCCCCUGCUUCUACUACUGUUGAUAAUAGUUCAGCACCCGCUUCUACUGUUGUUGAUAAUAGUUCAGCACCCGCUUCUACUGCUGUUGAUAAUAGUUGCGAUGAUGUUUAUUGGCUCGGAUGACUGAUUGAUUGAACCUAGUCUGUCGAUUACACAGGAUUGGACUUGAUGAUUGUAAUACAUUUCAUCCAUUGGGAUGAGCCAUCAAACUCAUAAGUAGUUUUAUGCAUUUUGUUUAGUGCCUUACUCAAAAUCUACAAUUGUAAUCUACAGAUAUUCAUGCUCAGAUGUCGUUUACAUGUUAGUAUAUUCUAUAGCAAUGUGAAUAGUUUGUCCACUA